AUGGCAUCUCCCGAGUUCAGCACCGCCGAAUGGCGCACCCUCGACGACGUCCUCUCCCUCCUCCGCUCGCCGCAGCCAUGGUUCGCCUCCGUGCCGGCUGGUCGCCUCUGUGCCGCCUGUCCAAAGCGCUCUCCGCACCUCAGUCCGCCCGAUUUGCUGGCGGUGAGCGGCAACUGGUACGACGUGCUGCACAAGGCGCCCGUACUCGCCCGCCUGGCGGCGGCGGCUCCGUCGGCCGACCUCUUCCUGGCCGGCGGGCGGCGCGAGCGGCUCACCUCUGCCGAGGCCGCCGCCGAGGGUGGUGAGCCGCUGCUGCUCGGCCGCACGCUUGCUGUUCUCGGCGUGGCGCGGAGCCGGCUGGUCGUGUGGAGCGGGUCGCGCGUCACCAACCACAACCUGCGCGCGCUGCUGCACUACGCCAAGCAGAGGCGCGAGUUUGAGCCGGCGGCGCCGCCGCUGCGCGUGGCGCUGGUGGAGGAGGGCUUCCUGCGUCGCUCGCGCGGCUGCUGGCGGAGGACGACGCGGCGCAGCGCGCUCUCGGCGCUGGUGCUCGGCGAGCUCGACAGGCCAGCGGUGCGGCACGGCGCGCUGCUGCCGGCCGAGGCGCUCGACGCGCUGGGGGCGCCGCUGCGGCAGGCGACAAGGGCGCUGCGCGAGAGGCACGCGGCCUCACUCGGCGAGGGGAGGCGGAUCCUGGAGAGGGCGCCGCGGGGCGAGAUGCUCGCGCUGGCGACGCCACGAGGGGGAGAGCGCAGCCGAGACACAUGA